GACAGAGAUCGCUAAUGGAGAUGCAGUUUUUCAGUACGUCUUUCAACUACCUCAUGAACUUCGUCAUCGAGUUGUAGCCGAGGCGAAAGAGAAGUUCUGGUAUGUUGCAUGGGACCAUACAACUGGUUUCGUCAGGAUGACUUCGUUCUUCAAAGCAUUAGGCCACUCCAAGGUGCGUACAUGGCUUUGCUGAGUUGGAACAGUCCCAUGCCAACACUUUCCCUAGACAGUACCUAAGAGAAUGCUUACUCUCAACAACAUCGAUGACUAUGCAUUUAAUGUUACUGGUGGAAGUAUUCCCGCACAGGGUCAGUCAGUUGAUCUGUCGUGUACCUGUGGUGUUUACUCAUGCUCUCAGGUUACUGGGUUCCGUUCGAAGCAGCCAAGGCAGCGGCGGCGACAUUCUGUUAUGACAUCAGAUACGCCCUGACCCCAGUGUUUGGGAAAGACUUUAUAUCUCUCUGCAUACCGCCUGGGCAUAAAUGCUUUGCGAACUUCCUCAUUCCCCAAGCGAUCGUCGAUAUUUGCAUCGCUCAAGCCAAGAAAUGGGAAAAUACAGAUGACAAUGCUGCUUCUCCUCAGAGAGCAUAUGCUCUGCAAUCGUCGAGAUCUUCCUCCGUGCGAAGGUCCGCUCGAAUGCGCCAGCAGACACCACGCCAUACACAAAGCGGAGUGAAUGAUGCAGAUAUGUGUCCGCCGGUGACUCCUGAAGUGCACCAUGCGAUUGGAGGACGUUCUCGAGAAUCCACAGACGGAAUGUCAUCUACUGUGAACACACGGACCCAGUCAGAGUACUGUGUAUCAGAGAUCGAAGCUAUAUGGGGAUUGAUAGAAUGCCAGCGAGAGGGCGUGAACAGUUCUGCGGCAGACGUUCCGAGGACAAGGCACUGGAAUACCCACCAAGCUGCAGAAGCUCUGAUGCAGCUGAAAGGAGAUUCCUGGCAUGAUCAGACUUUUUCGGCAAGUGGAACAAAUGCAUCAUAGGCGGUAGCAGGGUCCCGGCAAUGCUGGUUUGGUCGGUCGGCGAGUAUACCUCUGUCGAGCGGUAAACUGUAUGUCGAGAGAUUGUAAAUACAGAUGUAAGCCUGCCAAAUCGACUGACGAAUCCUGCCAUCCUUUGCUCUUUGAUGAACAUGUGAUCUGAUCUGAUCAUGAGUAUGUUAGUAGGUCGCAUUUA